AUGACUAUGACUAUGACUGUGACUGUGACUGUGACUGUGACUGUGACUGUGACUGUGACUGUGACUGUGACUGUGACUGUGACUGUGACUGUGACUGUGACUGUGACUGUGACUGUGACUGUGACUGUGACUGUGACUGUGACUGUGACUGUGACUGUGACUGUGACUGUGACUGUGACUGUGACUGUGACUGUGACUGUGACUGUGACUGUGACUGUGACUGUGACUGUGACUGUGACUGUGACUGUGACUGUGACUGUGACUGUGACUGUGACUGUGACUGUGACUGUGACUGUGACUGUGACUGUGACUGUGACUGUGACUGUGACUGUGACUGUGACUGUGACUGUGACUGUGACUGUGACUGUGACUGUGACUGUGACUGUGACUGUGACUGUGACUGUGACUGUGACUGUGACUGUGACUGUGACUGUGACUGUGACUGUGACUGUGACUGUGACUGUGACUGUGACUGUGACUGUGACUGUGACUGUGACUGUGACUGUGACUGUGACUGUGACUGUGACUGUGACUGUGACUGUGACUGUGACUGUGACUGUGACUGUGACUGUGACUGUGACUGUGACUGUGACUGUGACUGUGACUGUGACUGUGACUGUGACUGUGACUGUGACUGUGACUGUGACUGUGACUGUGACUGUGACUGUGACUGUGACUGUGACUGUGACUGUGACUGUGACUGUGACUAUGACUAUGACUAUGACUAUGGCUAUGGCUAUGGCUAUGGCUAUGGCUAUGGCUAUCGCUAUGGCUAUGGCUAUGGCUAAGGCUAUGGCUAUGGCUAUGGCUAAGGCUAAGGCUAUGGCUGUGGCUAUGGCUAUGGCUAUGACUAUGACUAUGACUAUGACUAUGACUAUGACUAUGACUAUGACUAUGACUAUGACUAUGGCUAUGGCUAUGGCUAUGGCUAUGGCUAUGGCUAUGGCUAUGACUAUGACUAUGACUAUGACUAUGAUAUAUGUGUGGUCAAAAUCUCUGUUUCUGGCCGCUGCAAUGUUCAUAGUGCUGUGUUUGGCGGUUGUCAUGGUAACCGCAACACAGGAUGGACGCCGCCGCCUACCAGACCCGACUACCACUGAGUCCGUUGUAGAAGUAAGCAGUAAGAAGUGUGAAGAUACCGAAGACUUCUGCGGAUCGGUUAAGAAGAAUCCGGUGAAGCCUGGUGGUUUUUUCACAGGUUCUGAUCAUGGAUGGUAAUUGAUAACAAUAAAAGUUUUUUCUCAAACGUGCAUGUAAAUAUAGUCAUUAUUUUCGAAAAAAGAACACGCGAAGUAUUGAAUUUACGGACAAAGAAAAAUCAAAUCGCAAUGUUUUAUUUUAUUCUUUUCUUUUUGAGGAGCGUUUUUUGAAUUUGGAACAUUACAACGCUGCAGCAAUGUUGUUACAUUUCGGAGAGUGUGCGGGGGUACUACACAAUUUGAUUCCCCCUUAC